GAUGGGUACUUCUAGGGAUAGUGAAAUGGAUGUCCAUAGUGGUGGUCCUUGUGCUGUUGCAGCUCUUGCCUGCCAAUGGACAACCACGUCAAUGCAACUUCAAACAAAGGUCACGAAGCCCUCCAAAGCCCAACAAUGGGUUGGGUCAUAUUGUUCUUGUACAUGGUGCAGGUCAAGGAGAAUGGUUCUGGUACAAGGUUACACCAAUAUUGGAGGCCGCAGGCUAUAAAGUGACAACCGUCCAACUUGGACCUUCAGUGACCAUGGAUGUGGAUUCAUUAGAAAACGUUUCGUUUUCGAGUUACUCACAGCCAUUGUUUGAUCUGUUGGAAUGCAUAGACCACAAGGCUUUGCUUGUGCCUCACAGUGCAGGAGGAUUCAAUAUUGCUGUUGGAAUGGAGAAGCACCCCAACAAGAUACUUGCAGGUGUCUUUAUUGCUGCUUACAUGCCUGAUACUACACACAGCAUGUCCUAUGUCCUCGAUCAGGGAGCGAACUAUACAGAAGGAUGGCAAGACACCUGUAUUGUGAAAAGUGGAAGCACCACAUAGUAUUUCUUUCGCGAUGAUUUCUUGACAUCAAAACUCUAUCACAAGUGCCCUCCCGAGGAUAUUGUGCUAAUGCGUACACAGAAAAAGCCAGGAUGGUUCUUUUAUAAUGAAAUGGCUGAAAUGCAUCUAACAAAUGAGAAUUAUGGUUCAGUUGAUCGAUUCUACAUUGCAAUCGAAGAAGAUUUAGCAGUUGCUACCGAAUAUCAACACGUAAUGAUAGCCAAUUUUCCUGUGAAGGAGCAGAAGCUGAUUAAUGGUUCUGGUCAUGAAGUUAUGCUAUCAACUAUUGCACCUUAGCUGUACCUUCUAUUUUAAUGAUGGAUCUCCAUCUCUCAUGGUUCUAAGUAGAUAUCUUCCCCCUUAGGGUGAUUGAAAACGAUUUCUCAGAUCAGUAGUGAUAUCUCGAACUAUA